CGCCUGGCUGUCUCCAGAGGGACCCUCGGUCCGGCCCUCCAGCCAUGGACCCGGCUAAGGAGUAUGCCGAGUGCCCUGCCCGAGGAAAGUGCCCUGUGUUCUUGGCAAUGAGCUCAGGGACUGUCCGCUACGCUCCAUCAGGUCUGGGCCCUGCACUUGAGGGGAACUUGGGAGAGCAGCUCUGGGACACAGACAGCCAAUCCCACCCGGACGAGGGCCACCGGCCACCCAUUGAAGCUGUCCCGGUCCCCUGGAAGAGCCACAGGGAGUCCCCGGGAGGCCUAGCGGAGACCCCUGCAGGGGAGGAGGCCCAAGGCGAGGAGGGCCCUGCGGCCACCCAGCUGGACGUGUCGCGCCUACGCAGCUCUUCCAUGGAGAUCCGCGAGAAGGGCUCAGAGUUCCUCAGAGAGGAGCUGCACAAAGCCCAGAAGGAGCUGAAGCUGAAGGACGAGGAGUGUGAGCGGCUGUCCAAGGUGCGGGAGCAGCUGGAGCAGGAGCUGGAGGAGCUGACGGCCAGCUUAUUCGAGGAAGCCCACAAGAUGGUGCGAGAAGCCAACAUGAAGCAGGCGGCUUCAGAGAAGCAGCUGAAGGAGGCGCGAGGCAAGAUCGACAUGUUGCAGGCAGAGGUGACAGCCUUGAAGACACUGGUCAUCACGUCCACACCAGCCUCUCCCAACCGCGAGCUCCACCCGCAGCUGCUCAGCUCCACCAAGGCUGGACCCCGCAAGGGUCACUUGCGCCAUAAGAGCACCAGCAGCGCCCUCUGCCCCGCCGUGUGCCCGGCUGCAGGACACGCCCUCACCCCCGACAAGGAGGGCAAAGAGGUGGACGCCACCCUGUUUGCAGAGUUCCAGGCUUGGAGGGAAUCACCCACCCUGGACAAGACCUGCCCGUUCCUGGAACGGGUAUACCGGGAGGACGUGGGCCCCUGCUUGGACUUCACCAUGCAGGAGCUCUCGGCCCUGGUCCGGGCUGCUGUGGAGGACAACACGCUCACCAUCGAGCCCGUGGCUUCGCAGACACUGCCCGCGGUGAAGGUGGCCGCUGUCGAGUGUGGCCGAGCCAAUGGGUUCCGGGCCCCGAUUGACACUACAUGUGCCCUGAGUGGGCUGGUCUGUGCCUGUCGCCACCGAAUCCGGCUUGGGGACUCCGAGAGCCACUACUACAUCUCGCCAUCCUCCCGGGCCAGGAUCACAGCCGUGUGCAACUUCUUCACCUAUAUCCGCUACAUCCAGCAAGGCCUGGUGCGCCAGGACGCGGAGCCCAUGUUCUGGGAGAUCACGAGGCUGCGGAAGGAGAUGUCGCUGGCCAAGCUCGGUUUCUUCCCCCAGGAGGCCUAGGGCCCGGCCCAGGCCUGGAGGGGGGCUCUGAGCUGAAGCCAACGCCCGCGCCAGGACAGACAAACAGAUGGGGUCCUGGAGCCGGCCCUGAGCCAGAAGCUGAACAGAGGGACAAAUGGCCAGGCCUUGGAUGCAGCCCUGAGCCGGCACCAAACGUCCAGCCCAGGACAAGACCUCGAAAGGUGACCUUCUCUCUUCCCUCGUGGCACUACCAGCCACCAGGAGACUUUUAAGAAAGCACCAAAGACCAAAGGGCUUGGAGCCGUGCAAAGGGGCUCAGCCCUUGGAAGGGGACCCUUAGGGCAGUCAGCACCCCCUUGCGGGUGGGUCCCUGGAGCUGCUGCCUGCCGGUGCCUCAUUGGCUGGAUCUCCAGGGUACCCCCUCCACCCCGCCCCCCCUCACCCCGGCCAGUUUCCAAGCCCUGGGUACCAGCUCCCCCUGGUGGCCAUACUUCAGCCCAUUCCCAGGUGGCUUUUCCAUCUGAAAGACCCAGAGAGCGUGUGGCUGUCCCAGGUGCCCACGGGGCAGCAGAGCCAGGAGGGGCUGGCAUGGCCUCCCCGGCUGUUUUCCAUUCCAUCCUGUAUCUGCCUGAGAAAGGCCCCCAAACGUUCUUAAGAUGUAUCAGGGUCCCAGCCCUCUCUCUUGACCUCCUCCGCCCCACCAGCUGAGCCUUAUGCUGCAGGGAACCCUGCCCCCACCACCGCUGGAAGGAUCAGGGGCACUUUUCUCCCAGAGUAAAACCCAGACGGGCCUCGGGAUGCCCAGGCCUGUUUGCAGCUGUAGACAGCCAUUCAGACAACCGGGGGCCGAGCUCCCCCAGCCCUGCACGCAGGACUGGGGCGUGGCGGGCAGGACCUGGGCCCCUCCACACCCCUCAGUCUGCUCGGGACCCGGGUCCAACCUGGACACAUCCCUCACCACGGCCGAUUUCCUCCUCUGAAUGGAAUGUAACACGAUCUCUAUUUAAUAAAGGACGGCUUUGUUGGUA